CACUUCCCAGGAACACUUGCAAGUGUGUCCGUCGCGUAGCGUCGCGUCAUUGCUCCCGCCCUAUAUACCUACUUCCGCCCGCGAGCCACUUCCUUUCCUUUCAGCGGCGCGCGGCAGCAAGAUGGCGGUGCAGAUUUCCAAGAAGAGGAAGUUUGUAGCUGAUGGCAUCUUCAAAGCUGAACUGAAUGAGUUUCUCACUCGGGAGCUGGCUGAAGAUGGCUACUCUGGAGUUGAAGUCCGAGUUACGCCGACCAGAACAGAAAUCAUUAUUUUAGCCACCAGAACACAGAAUGUUCUUGGGGAGAAGGGUCGUCGGAUCAGAGAGCUGACUGCAGUUGUCCAGAAGCGGUUUGGCUUCCCUGAAGGCAGCGUAGAGCUGUAUGCAGAAAAAGUGGCCACAAGAGGUCUGUGUGCCAUUGCCCAGGCAGAGUCUCUACGCUACAAACUCUUAGGAGGGCUUGCAGUUCGAAGGGCCUGCUAUGGUGUGCUUCGGUUCAUUAUGGAAAGUGGGGCCAAGGGCUGUGAGGUUGUGGUCUCUGGGAAGCUCCGAGGACAGAGGGCCAAGUCCAUGAAGUUUGUGGAUGGUCUGAUGAUUCACAGCGGAGACCCUGUUAACUACUAUGUUGACACUGCUGUGCGCCAUGUGCUCCUCAGACAGGGCGUGCUGGGCAUCAAAGUGAAGAUCAUGCUGCCCUGGGACCCAAGUGGUAAGAUUGGUCCCAAGAAGCCUCUGCCUGAUCAUGUGAGCAUUGUGGAACCUAAAGAUGAAAUCUUGCCCACCACCCCCAUCUCAGAACAGAAGGGUGGGAAGCCAGAGCCACCCGCCAUGCCUCAGCCAGUGCCUACAGCAUAACAGGUACGUCUGCAGAGACCUUCCUGGGCCAAACUUUUUACUGGUUUUUCCUCUGAUGUUUCAGUGUGUAAAUAGGGUAUUUUUAACUUAAUGUGGGAGAAUGCAAGUUGGGAUGUGGUAUCUGAUUGACCCACAAGUCUGUCAGUGGGCAAACACCCACUUACUUCAUUGCCUUUGCUCAAGAGUUUCCAGCUCCUCUUCUGGGCAUUCUGCCCUUCAGCAGCCUUAUAAAGGUAUCAGGCCUUCAUGCUGGUUUCUGUUAAAGGCAAACUGAGUGGGAGUGUGUGCCCAUGUAGUAAAUGAAGGUGCUCAGAUGUGUUUUUCUUACCAUUGUUUAUUUUAUUUGGUUUCAGGGUCUUGGCAGCUGCAUCUGGAGGCUGGAUGUUGUCUUGUAAAGACGUUUAAUAAAAUCUUGAACAAAGA